AGUAUUUGAUGGAUCUAGCCAAACAGCGGCAAAGGGAAGUGUCCCUUCAGUAACAGGAAUGUGUCACUGCUUAUGUGCUGGAAAGGGGAGUGCCAUGAGAUCUGCUGAAGUGACUAUUUCCGUGGUUGCAUAUCUACAUGGGUUUGGACCCCUGCUGGGACUGAAUUAGGCGGUACAGGCAUCUUGGACUAUCAGGUAUUGGAGAGCGACUUUUUUUCUUGUUCAAGUUGUACGUGGCACGAGAACUGAAAGACAUCGCAGAUCUUUUUCAGAGACGCAAACAGAGUGAGACAAUCUCCAAGCCUCCCCUUCUGUAACCACCUGCUAUACCAUGGGAUGUCGGCAAAGCUCUGAGGAGAAGGAGGCAGCGCGGCGGUCCCGUAGGAUUGACCGCCACCUGCGCUCUGAAAGUCAGCGACAGCGAAGAGAGAUUAAGCUCCUACUCCUGGGUACCAGCAAUUCUGGGAAGAGCACUAUUGUAAAGCAGAUGAAAAUCAUUCAUAGUGGUGGCUUUAACUUGGAGGCCUGUAAGGAAUACAAACCUCUGAUUAUCUAUAAUGCAAUUGACUCUCUCACACGUAUUAUUCGGGCUCUAGCCACACUUAAAAUAGAGUUUCACAAUCCUGACAGAGCAUAUGAUGCUGUGCAGCUUUUUGCCUUGACAGGCCCAGCUGAGAGCAAAGGUGAGAUUACCCCUGAGCUCCUGGGAGUCAUGAAACGGCUCUGGGCAGACCCUGGUGUGCAGGAGUGUUUUUGCCGCUCCAACGAGUACCACCUAGAGGAUAAUGCUGCAUACUACUUAAAUGACCUAGAAAGGAUUGCAGCACUGGACUACAUCCCUACGGUGGAAGAUAUUCUACGUUCUCGGGACAUGACCACAGGGAUUGUAGAAAAUAAGUUCACCUUCAAAGAGCUGACUUUCAAAAUGGUGGAUGUGGGUGGACAGAGAUCUGAACGCAAAAAGUGGAUCCACUGUUUUGAGGGGGUUACAGCAAUAAUUUUCUGUGUGGAGCUGAGUGGAUAUGACUUGAAGCUGUAUGAAGAUAACCAAACAAGUCGAAUGGCAGAAAGUUUGCGACUCUUUGAUUCCAUCUGCAACAACAAUUGGUUUAUCAACACCUCCCUCAUUCUUUUUUUGAAUAAGAAAGAUCUGCUGGCAGAAAAAAUCCGACGCAUCCCUUUAACAGUCUGCUUUCCUGAAUACAAAGGCCAAAACACUUAUGAGGAGGCAGCAGUCUACAUCCAGCGCCAGUUUGAGGACUUAAAUCGCAACAAGGAGACCAAGGAGAUCUACUCACACUUUACCUGCGCCACUGAUACCAGUAACAUACAAUUUGUCUUUGAUGCAGUGACAGAUGUCAUCAUCCAGAACAAUCUCAAAUAUAUUGGCCUCUGCUAAGAAUCCUUGGGCUUAAUCUGUUUUAUUGAAGUGAUAAAAAAGGGGCUAACCACUGCCACUUCUCAUUUAAAAAAAUGGGGCAAUGCUUAGUAGCCCAAGGAGAGAAAAGGGGAAAUCUGAUGUAUGUACGCAGUUCCUCCUAUGUCCCCUUAACCUGCUACAUCAUUUUUCACAAAUAUAUGUUCUGGAGAGAGAAAGCCUCCUCUCCAAAAACCCCACACAGUUCCCCCCUACCUAGUGAAAAAAAAACCCGAACUAAAACAAAGAAAGAGAUUGAGGCCUAACUCUGUGGGUACUUUUUCACCACAGUCACUGCACUUUUAUUCCAUUUAUUUCAUUCCAUUUCCUACAGUGGGAGUGUUAUCAUAUUCUAUGUAAGAAAUAAUUCUUCAUCCAGUUGUCCUAAAAUUUUACUGACACAAAGAUAAAAAGCUGGUGAGUGACAGAUGAACUUGUUUGCAGGGUAUAGAGCAGAAUGGUUGUGUUGGGGAGAAAAGCUAGUUCAAAGCAGAGGCUACAGAACAGGCAAGUUUUAGCAAAAUACUACUUAAAUUUGUAGAGAAUGGGCAUGCACCCACAAUACUGGUACACACAAACAGUAUAUACAUAUACAUCAUGUGUGCACGUGACUCACAGCACAUACUACGUACACAUUUCUGCUUUACUUUACUGUUUAUCACCUUGCCUUUUAAAGGAAUUGUUGGUGUGCAACUGUUGUGUGAUUUCCAACCUGACAAGCAGCUUGUUCUGCUCUUGAAGACUUCAAAUAUGCAGCAAAACUACAUAAAAUUAAUCUAUGAAUAGGCCAAAUUAAGGUCAGUGUUUCUUCUACUAGAAAGGAGUUUUAUACAUCAAACCAGUCUUCUUUUACAUCUUUUUUUUGCCAAAUCUUGUGGUGUUUCACAAAAACCAAACUAUAUUUAAGUAGGUUAGUGUUCCUUUUUUAAUACAGAUAAAAAAAAAAAUAAAUCACAAGGCAAUUUUUAAAAUUGUUGUUGUAGUGUCUGGAUUGCUAAAUGUGAAAGUUGCCAACGGACAGUUCUGUUCCACUGCUCCAAAUACGUUCUGGGAAUUGUAAUAUUGUAACAGAUUUCC